AUGAACGAGGUUUUUCGCGAUUACUUGAGGAAGUUUUUCCUGGUGUUUUUUUAUGAUAUAUUGGUUUAUAGUGCUUCAUUGGAGGAGCAUGUUCAACAUCUCACCUUGGUGUUGCAGCGCCUUCAACAACAUCAGUUGUACACCAAUAAUAAAAAGUGUAUGUUUGCUCAAGAACAAGUGGAGUAUCUCGGUCACAUCAUUUUGGUACAAGAGGUGUCGGCUGACCCGAGCCAGAUCGAGGCCAUGGACAGCUGGCCUGUUCCGCAGACAAUCAAAGGCUUACGGGGAUUUUUGGAUCUCAUGGGUUACUAUCGAAAGUUUGUCAAAGGCUAUGGUACCAUUGCGAAGCCUUUGACAGAUCAGCUCAAAAAAGAUGCGUUUGAUUGGUCGGUUGAGGCUCAAGAAGCUUUCGGGAAGCUUAAGAAAGCCUUGUGCUCGGUUCCGUUUUGGCGUUGCCCAAUUUUUCAGAACCAUUUGUGUUGGAGGCAGAUGCUUCGGGAGUGGGUCUUGGGGCUGUGUUAA